AUGGAGAUCUUGAAAGAGAAGAAAGCUGAACUCGACUCUGAACAGUACGGCGGCGUUCUGUUCAGCCUGGUCAAGCGCAACGCCAUCGUCGUCCUCAUCAUGCUGCUGUCCUUCGUCCUGUGCGUGGCGCUGCCGCUGGUGGCGGUGGCGUUCAUAGCCUUCCAUCGCAUGUGUUCCUGCUGCAAAUCUUGGGCAAUGACCGAGCACAGCGAGACGGUGCCGGAAAUGAGAUCGCGCAAGAAAUGGACCGACGCCUUCUACGUGCUCACAGUGCUCAUGUCGGUCAUGACCCUUGGCGCUCUGGUAACCUGUAGCCACUCCUCAAGGGCGUCCAAUGGUAUCGUGCAUCAGUCGCACUUCCUGAGCUCGGCUCUCCAACACUCGUAGACAGACUAUUCAAGGUUCGUCCAUCCCUGAGACUGCGGGCAAUUGAAGUGAAUUCCCGAUCGUUACGAAAAGCCCCUUUGAAAAGAGAGCUUUUAACAGAGUUGACCUCCUGUCAAUACGACCAUUGCGGGACCACCAGAUAUUGGUCCACUUAUCCGGGAGGUCGAUUCAACGAACGAUGUAAAAAUGAACGA